AAUGACGUGAGGAAACGCCCAUCGUCGCCGCCAUGACGACCACUGCUGCCUCCUCCCGGUAUGGGCGGGGUCGUGGUGUUGGAGCCAGCCCCACCAUGGAGCCCGAGGCGACGGACGAGAAGUAUCGUCGGGUGGAGGUGGUGGGCGAGGGCACCUAUGGCGUGGUGUGGCGUGCAGUAGAGCGGACGACGGGCGAGGUGGUGGCCAUCAAGAAGAUGCGUUUGGAGAGCGAGGAGGAGGGCGUGCCGGGGACGGCGGUGCGGGAGUGCAGCAUUCUCAUGGAGCUGCAGCACCCCGCCCUGGUCAAUCUCAAGGAAGUCGUCGCCGGCGCCACCGCACAGAUCUACCUAGUCUUCGAGUUCGUCGUAAGGACAGUCGACACACACGCAUUGCAUCGCAUUGGUCUCUCCGUUGCAAUGUGUGUGUGAUGGGCCGACGUGUGUGGAGUGUUCAGGAUUUGGAUGUGAAGAAGUUGAUGAAGGGUUUGGCGUCGGUGGGGAUGCCGACCUACAUGAGCGGCAAACUCCUCAAGAGCUACGCCAGACAGCUGCUCGAGGGCAUGGCCUACUGCCACAAACGCAAAAUCCUCCACCGGUCCGCACACAGACCAACACCAGACACACCCACAAGGCCACAGCAGACGCAUGAUUGUGUUGUCUUGUCUUGUUUGGUGUGCUGUGGAUGGAUGCACAAACUUUGUGUGCAGCGAUUUGAAGCCGCAGAACCUGCUGAUAGGUCGUUCGGGUGAGUUGAAGGUGGCCGACUUCGGUUUGGCGCGUGCGUUUGAGAUGCCGGUGGACAACAUCACCACCGAGGUCAUCACACUCUGGUACAGAGCACCCGAAAUACUACUCGGCAAAGCGGUCAGCACACACACAUAUAAAAGUGGGGCCUGGGCUGCCCCGGCUGCCUUGACACACGCGUACAUUUGUGUGUGUCCAUGUGUCCAUGUCUGUGUUAGGUGUAUUCGUUGGGUGUGGACAUGUGGUCGGUGGGGUGCAUCAUCGCCGAGAUGGCCCAGGGGACGGCUCUCUUCCCGGGCGACUCCGAGAUAGACACGCUCUUCAAAAUAUUCAAAACUCUAGGUGUGGUGGGUGAGGGCAGGGGAACCAUGGCCAGGCCAGCCCGAUGUCAUCCUUUCCGUGUGUGCAGGUACCCCUGACGACCGUGUGUGGCCCGAGCUGGGCGAGGAGGGCAAGAUCAAACACUGGAAGGUCUGAUUGCCAUCCAACGACCAGCCAUAUACCUUCUCUCAGCGUGUCUCCCACUCUGUCUGCUGCUGCUGCUCGUGUGUUUUGUGGUCAGUUGACGUUUCCCAAGUGGCCUGCGUGUGGUCAGGAUCGGCUGCGCGAGAAACUCACCAACAUGGACACCCCCGGCGUUGACCUCAUCUACAGGCAACACCACACACACACACAUAGAGACACCACAUCACGCAACACCCAUUCCCCUCCAUCCAUCUGUUCAUCAGGAUGUUGCAGUACGACCCCCAGCAGCGCAUCUCGGCGGCCGACGCCCUGGACCACCCGUGGUUCAGCGACAUGGCCGGUGGUGAGGACCCUCGUGUGGCCGACACGCUGCGUGCCGUCAUGCACGCCAUCGAGAAGGAGAAGCAGGCCAGGGCGGAGCGCGACAGACGCAUGCGCGCUGCCAGGGCGGCCCGCGGAGGGGGCGGAGGGGGACAGCAGCACAGGUAGAUAGCUCAGAGACGAGAGAGGGGGCGAUGGAUGGAUGGAUGGAUGGAUUGGGGGUAGCCGUAGACGGAGACAGACUGACAGACUGACAGAUGGAUCAUGUGCGGGUGUUGGUGCGAUGACGGUCUGCGUUUGCGUGCGUGCGUGCGUGUGUGGCUACUGGAUGAAUGAUGGUUUGCCG